AUGUCGCAACAAGAGUUCACAAUGCGGGCAGUCCUGAUCAAAGGCGACCAAGGGUCCGCAGAGCACCUCUAUAUCGGCACGGCGCCUCGCCCAACAGCGCGGACGGGAGAAGUUCUUGUCAAGAUCAAGGCGUUUGGCCUGAAUAGGAUGGACAUCUCGCAGCGCGAGGGCAAGUACCCACCACCAGCCGGGGCAUCCACCAUCCUGGGCGUCGAGUUCUCAGGAACUAUCACCGAACUCGGGCCCAACACGGAUGGGUACCGGUCUAGUUGGCGUGUCGGCGAUGAGGUGCUGGGGCUCGCGGGGGGUGGAGCUUACGCGGAGUAUAUCGCGGUUAAACAGACGCACAUCAUCCGGAAACCGAGCCACUUGUCAUGGGCGGAAGCGGCGAGCAUUCCUGAAGUCUUCCUAACAGCUUUCCAGGCCCUUGUCGUAAUUGGGCAAAUUAAAGAGAACGACAAUGUUCUCGUGCACGCAGGUGCUUCAGGCGUUGGCGUAGCCGCCAUCCAGCUAGCUCGUGUAUACGGCGCCCACAAUGUCAUCGCCACAACGUCAACCCAGGAAAAAAUCGACUGGCUCCUCGGGUUGCCAAACGGCGCCACCCACGGCGCCAACUACAAGACGCAGGACUUCGCCGCGGUCGUCAAAGACGUCACCCAAAACAAAGGCGUGGAUGUAGUCAUCGACUUUGUGGGGCAAUCACACUUCACCAAGAACAUCGACGCGCUGGCUGUCGACGGCCGGAUGACGAUGCUCGCGCUGCUAAGUGGAACGGUGGUCGAAUCGGUCAAUCUGGCCCCUAUUUUGUAUAAGCGCCUGCAUAUCGAGGGAUCGACUCUGCGUUCGCGCAGUUUGGCGUAUCAGACGGAGCUCAUCGACAGGUUCCGCCGGGAGGUGUUUUCAAAGAUCACAGGCGAAGAUGGGAACGGGCCCAUCCGGACCUAUAUUUACAAGGUGUACCCGUGGACAGAAAUUUCAGCUGCACACAUUGAAAUGGAAGCAAACAAGAAUAGUACUACCCGCAGCUACCCAAACAACACCACCAACACCACCAGCACCACUAUGAGCGGCCAAUCCAACGGUAGCACCAAGGGCAGCGGCAACGGCACCUCCAACGGCGGCGUCAAGGGUGGUGCUUCAUCAACGGGUGCCGUGUUCUUCUAA